AUGGCAGUGUGGCUCCGGGCCUAUACUCGCAAGAAGCCGGCCGGCUCCAGGCUCAACCUGACCCCAACGCCGGGCCUAGACAGCCCGGCCAGAGUGGAGGCCCUGCCUGGCCCAGGCCUAAGGCGGGCUGCCCGGGCUCACGGACUGGCGGACAUCUCAGAGAAGGCGGAGCAGAGCUGCCAGGCAGGAGGAGGCGGUGGCUCUGGGCAGCUCAGGUAUGUCUCCUUUGGGGCCUCUUCAGAAGCCAUUUCAGUGCUGAUCGUCUGGUGGUUUGGCCUCCUGGUGAAGAAGACGUCGAAGCAGCUUUCUCUGAACAUAAGCGCUCAAUUAAGAUUUGCCGGGAAGAAAAGCCUGCAAGAAGUUGGCACCAGUGAAGAGAUUGACGAUGCGACCACCGGGCUGUGGAGUGAGUCAGAGACUGAUGGCCUCCAGGUUGACAGUAGCUUAUCAAAUAGCGAUUUAGUUUCAGGACUAAGUUUGCAGCAUCAUAUUUCCAAUUCUCUUCUGGACUGUUCAACUAUGGACUCUUCUAAAGAGAGUUUAAGUAGUUUCUCAUCACCUGAAGUCUUCAGAGGGUCAGAUUAUUUUGAUCGGUCAUGUCCCAAGUUGGAAGAAUACAUGCUAUGCAAGAAUUCCACUCUUUUGGAUACUAGUAAAGCAGUGGCAGUAGAGAAAGUACCAUUGUUUUCAAAUCUCUCUUCAAUUAUAGGUUCCUCUUCAGAAGACUAUCAGAAAUGCCAUAGAAAAAUAGUGAUGACAUUGACAGACCAAGAUAUUUCUCCAAAACUAAAGAAUACUUCAAAUCCAGAAUCAGAAAAUGCAGCUUGUGAAAUUUUGCUUGCUGAGAAACCUUGCACUUUAAUUCCUGAAAAAAUGAAGAAAAAGGCAAGUAUGAAUUCCAGUACUUCUGUUAAGAAAAGAAAAGGCCUACUAACAAGUACUCCAUCCUCUCAAACAGUUGAUUUAGUGAUUGAUUUCUCAUCAAUACAAAGAUCAUCUUUUGAAGAACUUUUCCCAAAUGUCAGCAAUUAUGUUAAUUCAAAUGAAAUUGUUCCUGUUUCAGGUUUACAAGAAAAAUCUUCAAAUGAGGUUUCCUCAGAUGCAUCAGAAUUAUGUUGCAUUGUUAGAGCAUCACUAGGAAAUAGACAAGUAAAAAGUAAAACGUAUAUAAAAAAGAAGAAAUAUUCUCCUUCCAAAAAUAUCUCUCAAGCCUAUGGUGUCUUAUUAGAAAUCUUCAGUGUUACCAGAUUAGAAUCAGCUUCAGUUCAGAGUUUUUCUUCUUGGAAAAGUCGUUUCGUCUACAACUGCAGCCUCUUUCCUCUCCGCAAAGAAGAGGGCUGGGAGCCCAGGAGCUUUCCGACGCUGCAGGGGCUCCCAGAUGAGGUGCAAAUUCUGUCCCUAGCUCUUCCCAGGCGUGAGUUAAUUCCCGCUCGCAGAGCUCUGAGCUGGGCUCGCAGUGUCUGUGUCGGAAAUGGCCGCGGCGGCUUUUGCAGUGUCUCUGGACGGUCGCUCGGUCCUUCGCAGCCCCGGGAAGCCAACCCGCAGGUCAGCUGGCCUCGCGCAGCCAGCCAGUCAGGCGGAGCUCAAAGUCCGGCCCAGAAUCCGACCCCGCCCGGCGCUCACGCGCUCUCUCCCCACCCACGGCUCCGCUCCCGGCCCGAAGCGGCGGCCGCUAGUUGCCUCGACGUCUCUGCGCCAGCGACCGCGAACAGCGACGUCACGGAAGAACAAGCCGCGGGCGCGCGUGCGCAGAUACGCACGCUCCUCCUCCCCCCCCCUCCCACGCCCCUCCGCCACCGCUCACGCCCCGCCCCGCGACUGCCACGUGAGGGCCUCCCCCGCCAGCCUAUGGCGGCCGGCCCCGCCCCCGGCCCCGGCCCCGCCCCCGCCCCGUGCCCCCGCUUCGCGCGUCGCCACGUGACGCGGCCCGCCGCCAGCCAAUGA